AUGAUCCGUCAAGUAGCCGCCGUUGUUGCCCUCGUGUGCCUUGCCCAUGCCGCUCCUUUCACUAGCAUUGAUGAUAUUCCACAAGAAUAUAGAGAGCUGAUCCCUAAGGAAGCCAAAGAAUUCCUCACUGGACUCUCUGACGCCGACAAGAUGGUACUCAAGGAUAUUGCUAAGGAUUACUCCAAGUUCAAGAACGAGGAUGAGGCUCUGGCUGCUUUGAAGCAGAAAUCACCCGAACUUGGAGAAAAGGCCGCGAAAUUGCACCAGAUGGUGAAGACGAAAGUUGACGCCCUCGGAGAUGAAGCUAAGGCUUUCGCCAAGGAGAGCUUUUGUUUACAGAUUAUCGAUGGAGCACGCAAACUCCAAGCUCAAGUUGUCGCUGGCAACAAACCAAACCUCGCCGAACUGAAGGAGAAGGCCCAAAGCGCCAUCAACAAGUACAAGGCC